AUGGAGUUCUGCCCACGGAUCGCCAAUGAGUUGAUGCUCAAGGAGAUCCAAAAGGGUUCUUCUAGCAAGAACACAGUGUCUUCUCCCCUAUCAAUAAACGCAGUUCUAAACAUGUUGGUUGCAGGAUCUAAGGGCGAUACUCUGAAGCAAAUGCUGGGCUUUCUCGGGUCCAAAAACGUUGACGAAAUCAACUCAAAAUCGAGACAGAUGAUGGCGAUGCUGCGCGGUGGCGGUGGGUCCUCUGAGAACGUCGACGAUGGUCCGAUUGUUACCAUAUGGUCAAUGGAGCUUGGGCUGAUCAACAUUUUCCUCUCGUUCCUAAAUACAAAGAGGAGUGUCCGGGCAAGCUUUAGCGCACCUCGACUCAUGCUGGGGGCUUUAUCCUACCGCCCCUUGUGGCUCUGCCCCACUAUAGUUCUGUACCAGGUGAUGAUCACCAGAACUUCAAUAUUACUGAAAUUUCAUGUUUUUAUUUUGGACAAUGUAAUGUGUAUGUUGGCUGAUCAAGUGGUAGAUGAAAUUAACUCAUGGGCUAAUACUGCAUCAAGAGGUCUUAUCAAAAACAUUCUCCAACGUGGGUCCGUACCUAUAGAUACCACACUCAUCCUCGCAAAUGGACUCUACUUUAAAGGACUUUGGGACUAUCCCUAUAAAUUUGAGGCUUUGAGGACUACAAAUAGAAAAUUCUAUCUUCUAAAUGGGGACAAUGUUUCAGUUCCGUUCAUGACUAGCUAUGAAAAGUACUAUUACAGAGCGUUUGAUGGAUUCAAGUUUCUUAAAAUCCCAUAUCAAAGUCGCCAGAACAACAAUUUCUCUAUGUAUUUUUUUCUCCCGGAUGAGCGAGAUGGGUUGCAAAAUCUUCAUGGGAAGUUCAAUUCCGAUUCCGGAUUUCUGAAUGAGGAGCACUUUGAGUUAAAGAAUGAGACGCUUGAGGAAUUUUGGAUUCCGAAAUUUAAAUUCUCGUUCGAUUUUGACGUUUCUAAGAAAGCUUAUAUUGAGGUUGAUGAGAAUGGAACGGAGGCUGCGGCCAUUAAUUAUAUGAGAAUGAGAGGAGGAGGUUGUUGGCCUCCGCCAGGAGUCAAGUGUGUCAGUUUUGUUGCUGAUCAUCCUUUCAUAUUCAUGAUCAGGGAAGAGGGAUCGGGUUUAGUUUUUUUCACUGGAGCAGUUGUGCAAUCUAGAGAUUGUCUUUUGCUCGUUCAAGGGAUCAAGAAUGGGAGAGCAUUGGAAUGGCCAGUUCCUAUUUCUGAUGGUGAACGAGCUGUCGUUCAUGAAGCACAUGCUCUAGCCUUGGCAAUGAGGAAUGAGGAUAGCUCUUCCUCUUAG